AUGAACUCCUCCAAGUACAUGCGCGCUUCUGCUGCUCAAAGAUCUAUGAUCACAGAAUUUCGUGGCGCCGAACUGGAAAGCCGAAAAGGGCUAACAAAGCAGGCGAUCGCCGACAACAUGUUCAGGACAGCCAAGGCGGUCUCAUCGGGCAGCCAGGAAUCAGCAGAGUCCUUGAGACUCGCUCAAGAAAUAGCUGCAUCCAACGGCUAUCCCCCAAACACCGUAGCUGCUCGGCACCUCCCGAGACCUAAUGUUGGUCAUCUAGCGCUUCAAAAUGAAAUAGCUACCGAAAUGCGGAAGAAAAUCAAAGAGACUCUCAACGCAGUGAAGAAGACGCUAUCAUCUGACGUGGUGCAUUUGAAAGAAGAUGCCGCACUCGAAGAUGACACGAAAUCAAUGUUUCGCAGCUGA